AUUUUUUUUAGAGGUGGGAGUUACCCAUUUAAAAGAAUAGAUUUCAGCCGAUUGGUGAAUGAUAAACGAAACGAAAGAAAAAAAAAGUACACAAGAAAUUGUUAUCUUCGCGAUUCAUCGUACUCGUAAGCUUACAUGUAAUCAGACAUGUAAUCAAUCUACAAUAACUUUUGUGACAAUUAGAUAAAGGAGCAAUGAGCGGAAGAUAAAUUUAACCUAUUAAUGGGAAACUGUGACACCUUGUAAGGUCGUUGUCAGUUAAUUAUGGGGAUUGCUUAAAGGGUUAACAAAGUACUUGAGAACAGUGAGCACAAUGAUAAAUUUGUUUGUAAUAAUGCACAAUAAGUAUUAUUUUAUGGGAUGAGUUCUUCUCCUAUUUCGGUAUCUCUCUGCGUUAUUCGCGUCGAGAUUGUUGAUGAGGAUUCUGAAGAAUCUAAUGUGGAUUUCGUAAUCCAGGCGCAAUGGCUACCAAGAUGAGAGGUCGCAGAGAACCAACCAAAAUAAACAUGGAAAAUUGCACAAAUCUUACAGAGAAACAAGACUCUGUGCUUCCUUCUCAAGGGACUAGCAAAUCUAGCUCUACUUCUAGAGCUAAUUCUGAAGAAAAUACCUAUGAUGAUUCAGAGAUAGCUGGUGCAAGCGCUUGUGCCUGUGACCAAAUCAAUUUCAUCUCUGGAAAUCCAUUUGUCGAAGUGACCAAAGGAAUUAUACAUUUAUAUAAGGAAAACAAAUUAACAGAUAUACAUCACGCAGCAGAACGUACCCAAACUAUCUGCAUUCUCUCAGUUCCAGCUACAAUGACCUGUCAUGAUCUUUUAAGAUUUACAGCACCUUGCCAUCAAGAUGUUCGACAUUUUAGAAUACUUAGAGAUGGUAGUCCUAAUCAAUAUAUGGCGUUGAUUACCUUUAAAUCUGCUAAUGCAGCAACAGAAUUUUAUGGUUCUUUUAAUGGCACCCCGUACAAUUCUUUUGAACCAGACGUUAUUUGUCACAUGGUAUUUGUAUACAGUGUAGAAGUGACAUAUAAUGCUAUGCCGUUGUCUGGACACACGGAAUUGCCACUUUGUCCAGUUUGUUUAGAGAGAAUGGAUGAAAGUGUUGAUGGAAUUUUAACAAUUUUAUGUAAUCACACAUUUCAUGCAAGUUGUUUAGCUAAAUGGGGAGAUACCUCUUGUCCAGUUUGUAGAUAUGCUCAAACACCAGAAUCAUUUGCAGAUAGUUAUUGCAUGGAAUGCAAUACUGGAGAAAGCAACGAUGCUUUGUGGAUCUGUCUAAUAUGUGGACAUAUCGGUUGUUCGCGGUAUCACCAGGGGCAUGCAUUUCAACAUUAUCGCGAAACACAUCAUUGUUAUGCUAUGCAAUUAGGAAAUAACAGAGUCUGGGAUUAUGUUGGAGAUAAUUUUGUUCACCGAUUAUUGCAAAAUAAAGAUGGAAAAAUGGUUGAAGGUGGUCCUACAGCAACAAAAGCUGAAGGAGCUGCAAUGGAAGAAAAAGUAGAUUCCGUACAGUUGGAAUUUACAUAUCUCCUAACAUCACAAUUAGAAACUCAAAGACAGUAUUUUGAGGAUAGACUAGCACGAUUAGAACAGCAUUCUGUAUUACAGACUACAGAACUUAGAGAAAAGUUGGGUCAGGUAUCAGAAGAAAAUGCUAAAGUUAAGGAACAAUUAGCAAUAUUAAGUCGGGAGAAGCAAAAUGUGGAUAAACGACUGCAGCAAGUUAGUAAUAAAUUGAUACAAGUACAAGCAGAACUAACUGAAGAAAAAGAAUUAAGAAAGGCAUUAGAAUUAAAUCAAGUCUCUUGGCAAGAUAAAUAUAAAAUGUUACAAAAUGAAAUGACCGAGUACCAAAAAACAAAGCAAACAGAAGUAACAAAUUUAAAGGAACAAGUACAAGAUUUAAUGUUUUAUCUUGAUGCUCAAAACAAAGUCGAAAACUCUGAGUUACGAGAAGAAAUCGCAUCAGGUCGUAUAGUGAUUCCAGAGACUUCUAAUUCUGCUAAGAAGAACACUCGACCUUCUAAAUCUCGUAAAAAACGUUGAU